AUGAAGGGAAGCUCUGAUAGUGAACAAGAGUUAUUUACUUCUACCAAUACUUCAAACACUGAAUUAGAAGGCAAACCUAUGGAAAGUACUAGUGGGAGUUCUGUAGACUCCAAUAUUGAAGAAGUUUUCCCAAUAGCAAGUAAGGCGAAGGGUCCUAACAUGAAAAAUGUUUCACAUCAGAUGGAUGAUGAAAAACCCCAAAUUCUUGAUGGUUUGAUGGAACAGAACGAUGGAAGAGUUGGUUAUGACUUCAAAUUAGAUAAUUUUGAUUCGUUUUUGAAAGAUAUUGAUAGACCCUUUGAUUUACCUACCAAAGAAGAAUCUCGUCCCGAUAAAGCCCAUAAUAAAGAACUAUUCAUUAAUUUGCUUAAAGAAGAACAUAAUAUAGAUUUAACCCAUAGAUUAACAUCAUCGUUCCUUAUGAAAUCCAUGAUUUAUUAUGGUACUGACACCGUUAGUGGGAAGAAUUAUGUGGUCAAACUUGGUUAUGAUCUCAAAGAUACAAAAUUUUCACAUUCUAUGAUAAAUGAAUGGUAUGUGCUAUCAGGGAAGAAUAGUUUCAGAACAUCAGCCAUCAAUAAGAUUUCUGAUGAUCAUUUCAAAACUCCUCGGACUUUACCUCUCAAUGUUAAAGGUAUCGGAUAUCCACUUAAAGUGUUAAAUCUUCAAAAUGGAGAUUCCAAAAGAGCUGCUCUUAUUUAUGAUAAUACCAAAGAUUAUAUAACUAUCCGGAAAUAUUAUAAUUUGGAUAGUCCGAAAGUGUUUACUGAUAUGGAUUCAGCUCCAAGUAUAAAUUCCAAUGGUUCUUUCACCAAUAACAUGAACAAUUUCCCUUCACUGUUUGAACCAUUAUCCAACACUUCUAUGAAGUUCACCCGGAAUCCCAUUGAAACCAUCUCCAUUUUGAAUGAUAUGAUAUCAACGUUGAAAACCCUUUCGGUGAUUCAUGAUUAUGGAUUUGUACAGAAUUUUUUGACCACCGCUAAUAUUCUUAAAUCCACCAAAAUUCCUGACGAUGUUUUGAUUGCAGGAUUUGAACAUAGUUUCGCUGUACAGAGAGAGGAUUGUACCAGUCUGCAUCGAAGGUCAAUGGCAACGGAUUUUCCCGAAAACUUUACCUUCAUGUCACCAGAAUCUUUAAGUGAUUCAGGAAAAGGCUCCGACUUCCAAUCUGAUUUCUAUUCAUUUGGAGUGGUAUUAUAUGAAUUAUUCGUAGGGAAAGUUCCAUUUUCUCAUGAUAAUCCAGCCAAAUUGAUCAAAAUGCAUUUGAAUCAUAAACCUAUUCAACCCAUACUUCUAGCCAAUAUAUCCCAAGACUUGAAUGAUAUCAUCAUGAAAUUACUCGAAAAAGAUCCCCUUGCAAGAUACUCCAACUGUGAGACUUUGAUCAAUGAUUUGAUAGAUGUGAAGAAUCAAUACUUGGAUGAUUUGAAUUUAUUGAGCCUCCCUCACCUUAAUCAUGAAUAUCCUAGUUUUGAUACCACGAAGAUUUUGGUAAGGUCAGAAACUUACGAAUCACCAUUUUCUGAUAUUGACUCAGCAAGACCCAUACUAUUUCCUCUGAAGGUUUAUGGGAGAUCUGAAGAGUAUAAGAAGAUUAUCGAUACAUAUAACAAUAUGGGUAUUGGGUUGAGUUCUGUGCUUAUUCAUGGAUAUCCUGGUUCAGGUAAGACAACGUUAUUCCAUGAUCUCAUGGAAGUAGUAAGUGGAAAAGGAGAAUUCUAUUGUUACUUCAAAUAUAAUAUGUUCAAUGGAACUGGAGGUAUUUAUCAUUCAUUCAUCAAUGGCUUAAGGUCAAUAUUACGUCAAAUUCUUGAUUCCUCAAGAGAAGUCAUCGAAAAAUGGAGACAUUAUAUGAUAUCCAAUAUUCCUAUAGAUUUGAAUGUUUUACUUGAUUUAAUGCCAGAAUUUAGUGCUUUGUUAGGUUCAAAAUAUUCCACUAUCAUCAAAUCACCUCCUGCUAGGAACAAAGAUAACCAUCCUCAACAGAAAAACUCCGCCAAUGGUGAAGAUACAUUUGAUCUUGAAUUGAGAGUAAGGUACUUGAUCAAAUCAUUAUAUGGGUUAUUCGCUAUCAAUGGUUUAACAGUAUUCUUAGAUGAUGUUCAAUUUGCUACUAUUGGUGAGUGGAGAAUGUAUGCCGAAAUCCUAGAUUUCCUUGAUUCUGGCGAUGUUAAAGGUAAUCAUAGUUUCAAAUUAUUUUUAACGUUUGAAAAUUGUGAUAACAUCGUGGUACCAAUUGAUGAUGUCAAAAAGUAUUUGGGCCGUUAUAAUGGGCUUAUGGAAACUUUCGAGCUUGGUCCUAUAGGUUUUGAAAGUUUUUCCGAGUUUUGGAAGCAAUGUACUGUUUACAGGGAUGAAUCUAUAAUUAGGAAUAAGAAGAAGGCACCAACGAGUUUUGAUUCUAUGGCACCUGAUCCAUUAGAGAAAGAAGAUGAUGGGUUCGUUGAUGAGCAUUUCAUAUCUUUCACUCGUGAGUUAUAUGAUUCAUGUAAGGGUAACGUGUUGGUAUGUGAAACAGGUAUUUCCCAUUUAUAUUGGAAUGAUAAGGCCCACUAUCAACCAUCUAGAGGACUCAUAGAAGGAAGCUGGAUGUUUGAUGAGGUAGUAGAUACUAAAGAUUGUUCACCGAUCGAUAGAGUGAUGAUUCCCAUAAAAAAGAAACUCCAUGGAUUACCUAACGAAUGUAAAGAGCUUUUGAAGUUGGUCAGUGUUCUUGCUAACUCUGAUUUCAAUUUAUAUGAAUUACAAGUCGUCUCCGGACUUGAAAUGAAAGAGAUAUUCAGUUUAUUGACUGUGUGCAUUAAUUAUAGAAUCGUUACCCCUACCAGUGUUUCAUAUAAGUUCCCAUUCCAUUUAACUAACCCAGCUAGUCAAUCUCCUGACCUUGAUGAUUUCCCUAUUGAUAUUCCUCUGGAAAUAAUUAUGGAAUUAUGCAAGGACACGACCUUCAGUUUUUAUCAUGAUAGUAUAAGGAGGUGUAUUUAUAAUGAAUUGAUUCAAAAGGAAGAAUUGAGUAAGAUCAAUUUCACUAUAGCGAUGAAUUACCAUCGUGCUUUUCUUAGAGGUCAAUUGUCUAAUGACAAUAUCUCCAAAUAUUUAUUAAUGGGAAAACAUUUCAGUCAAGCCAUUGACCCCAAUUUUGGUCCCGGAUUGGUUCCUCAAGUACUAGAACUUUCUGAAGAUGAGAUAAGAGCAAUCUAUUUGAACGUGUUCAUAGAGUCAGGAAAGAAUGCUUUGGUGACAUAUAAUUUUGAAGAUUCGGUGAAUUUUUUUAAUGAUGCCUUAAAGUUCAUCCCCAAACUCGAUACCACCCUUCGUUUGAAGAAUCUUAUAACCAUUGCUCAAUUAUAUUUCUCUUUAGAUGAUCACAAGAAAUGUUUGAGUGUCAUCAACAGCAUCCAACAAGAGUAUCAAUAUAAUGACUUGGUAUUUUUGAACACAAAGAUCCAUUGUUUGAUCAGUUUAAGGAAAUACCAAGAGACUAUCGAUGUAGCCAUCAAAGGAUUGAAACUUUUGAAUAUCGAAAUAUCCUUGGAUGAAGAAGAAUGUAAUGAAAUCUCCCUUAAGUACCUGAAUCAAUUACCAUUGACUAUACUGGAAAUUAGAGAUUUGAAAAAUCUUUCCAGAACUACUAAUAGUGAUAUCACUAAUGUGUACGAAAUGAUCAGUGACUUGAUCCAACCAACUUAUAAUGGUACCCAGCUUUACCUUAAGGAUGCUUUGGCGUAUCAAUUGGUAUCAUUGAUGCGUAAAUAUGGAACUUCAGGUCAUUGUGCCAUUCCAUUGAUUCAUAUUGCCAAUAACAAGGCUAAAACUGGUGAUAGAUCGAAAUUCUUACGUGCUGUUGAAUAUGUUAAAGUAGCUAUGGAUUUGUUGGAAUCUGAUGAAUCUAUAACUUAUAGUUAUAUUCAAUCAGUGUAUGAAUUGUAUUUAUCAACUAUGGCAUGUUUCAUUGAACCAGUGAAUAUGCUAUUGAAAUAUUCAGAGAUCUUCUUAUCAUCCACCAGAAACUUUUUCAAGACCAAUGCUGGUUUAAGAGAUAUGAUCACGGGAUUUUCAAGGGUCCAUUUAAUGUAUUUCUGUGGACAAUCAUUCUAUGAAAUUGCCAAAUCCCUAAGUAAACAAGAGCAUGAUUAUUAUAUGGUUAUCAAUGAAGAGUUCAGAGACCUUCAAGCUUUGGGGAUCAAAAUGUAUAAAGGUUUAGCUACCAUCGAAGAGUAUAAUACAUUGAUUGAAGCCGAGCCUAGAUCUAUUGAUUACUUAUACGUAGCCAACUUGAUAAAAGUGGGCCAUUCCAUGGAUAUUGAAAGAUAUGAUGAUUGUAUGGAUAUUAUAUUGAACAGAAUGGAACAUUUCAAUGAAUUCAUUCCUAAUACCAUAACUCAUCCCGAAUAUUAUUUUUGUGUAGCUGUCUGUAUUGGUAGCUUCCAUAAACUAAACAAGAAGUUUGAUAGGGAAGUAAUUAUCUCACUUAGAGAUAAAGUCAAGAACUUCUUCAAUCUUUGGGCUGAAGUUUGUCCUAUCAACUUUAAGUGUAAGUUUUUGUUAACCAAGGUGUUGAUGGAUUUUGAUGAAGAAAUUCCUUCCAUGAGUAAAUUGGAUAUGUUCGAAGAAGCGAUUGAGCAUGCAAAAAGAUAUGGUCAUUGGUAUGGUGUUGCUUGGGGGUAUGAGAGAUGUGCCAAUUGGUUGAUGGAAAUUAACAGUAAUAGUAGAAGAAUACCUCAUUUUGCUAAGAAUGCCAUUUAUUAUGGUAAGGUUUUAGGUAUGACUGUCAGAAACUCAUUCAUUGAAAAGAAGUACGCUGAAUAUCUCAAGAAGUAUAACUGGGCAGGGAUUGAUGAUUUCGAUGAUCAUGAAAACCUCAAUAGUAAUGAUACUUUGGAAAGUAUGAUUGAUUUGUCUGCUUUCAAGGGUGAAGCUGAAAAUGGCGAUAUGAAGGAUUUUAUUAAGAAGUUUGAAAAGGAUAAAGCUGCUUUCAAAUUUGAUAUCAAUUGUUUUGCUAAAUCUCCAACUCCUAUUUAUAAGAAACUCAAUAAUUUCUUUGCUAGGGAUAUCAAGUAUUUCCCUGCACCAAUGGAAGUGAAAAGUAAGGAACAAGAACUCAAGGUUAAGCUUAGUGAGGAGUUUGAGUAUGAGAAUGAUGAUAUUGAUUUGAAUCAAGCGGUCAAAUCUUGUUUGGCUAUAUCUGAAAGUUCUACUAAUGAAAUAAUUUUGAUCAGAUUACUUCAAAGUUGUAUAAGAUUUUCUGAAGUAGAUUAUGGAGUGGUGGUGAUUAUCGAAGAUGAUGAUGAACCGUUUAUUCAAGCCAUUGGAUCUCCAAGUAAUAUCUAUAACUUAUACAACGAGCCUUUAAGUUCUCGGUCUGAUUUGUGCCCCAGAUCAGUUGUGAACUAUGUGAUUCAAACAGAAGAGAUUUUGAAUAGAGAUGAAGAUGAAUUGUUCUUCCAGAAUCGUUUCAGUGAAGAUGAAUAUUAUAGUAAUAACAAUUGCUAUUCAAUGAUCUGUAUUCCAUUAAAGAAUAACAAUGGCAAAACCUCAGGGGCUUUAUACUUGGAAAGUCAAAAAAGGAAAAGUGUCACUAAAAUCAAUCCUAUGAAAUCGUUCUUUAACAGUAAGAAGAGAGACUUGAUCAAUUUAUUAUGUUGUCAAGCAACUGUAUCAUUAACUAAAAUCGAUUUGUAUUCUCAAAUGGAGAAUGCUAAACGUAUAGCUGAAGAUGCUACUGCUGAGAAAGCUAGUUUCCUUGCUAAUAUGUCUCAUGAAAUAAGAACUCCUUUCAAUUCUUUGUUGUCAUGUUCGAUUUUCUUACUCGAUACCGACUUGGAUAAAACCCAAAGAGAAUAUGUUGAAACAAUCAGAAACAGUUCAAUGGUGACGUUGAAUAUCAUUGAUGGGAUUUUGGCUUUCUCAAAGAUUGAACAUGGUUCCUUCACUUUGGCCAAUGAACCAUUUUCUCUUAUUGAUUCAGUUGAAAAUGCUAUUCAACUUGUUGGUGAGCAAGCAAUUAUCAACAAUUUAGAGUUGGUGUUCUUCAAUAGAUGUCCUAAGAUUAAACACAUUUUUGGUGACGAAACAAGGUUCAGACAGAUUAUCAUCAAUCUUGUAGGAAAUGCUGUGAAAUUUACCAAUGAAGGUCACAUCAUAGUUGAAGUCUCAGGAAAACCAAUCAUCGGUAAUCGAUUCGAAAUUGCUAUUAGUGUCAAAGAUACAGGGAUAGGUAUUCCUAAGAAUUCUACCAGUAAGGUAUUUGGUGCCUUUUCACAAGUCGAUUCAUCAUCUAGAAGAAUCUAUGGAGGUUCAGGUUUAGGUUUGGCUAUUUCUAAGAAGUUGGCUGAUCUUAUGGGUGGUACUUUGACGUUCGACAGUAUUGAAGGUAAGGGCUCAACAUUUUACUUCGUUGUCAAUGCCGAGGUUGAGUUGAUACAGGAGCCAGAGAUUAAGUACAUAAGAGAGGUAAAUAAGGAGACCGGAGACGAAGAACCAUUAUCAACUGUUAUGGUAGACUACCAUCAAUUGACUAGUCAGAGUCUUAAGGAAAGUCUCAAGUGGUUUGGUUUUGAUGUAGAUAUAGUGACUGAGGUAGAUGAUUUAUCAGAAUCCGCCGUGCAAGGAUUGAAGUCAAUAUUCAUACACAUAGAUUUAUAUGAUGAAUUCCUUGAAAAGUUCAAACCGGUAAUUGGGAACAAUGAAAUCAAGGUUAUACUAAUUAGUCAAUUUGGGAAAUCUUUACCGAAAGAAAUCGAUGAUAACAACAUCUUCUCCAUUUUACUUGUACCUUUUCAAAAACCCAAGAUCAUGGAAUUGAUAAGAAACCUUAAUAAUGUUGGAGGUAACGUUAUUGAGUCCCAAGAGGAACCUAAGAAUGAUGAGUUAUUUGCUGAAAAAUACCCCUUGAAGAUCUUAAUAGCUGAAGAUAAUCUUAUCAAUUUGAGAGUUGCCUUACAGCAUCUUAAGAAAUUAGGAUAUCAAGCAGAUCAUGCUAAGGAUGGUGUUGAGGUUAUAAACAAAUGUUUAGAUAAGUUAAAAAAUCAAGAUUAUUAUGAUGUGAUAUUAAUGGAUAUCCAAAUGCCUCGUAAAGAUGGUAUAACAGCUACCAUUGAAUUGAAAGAUUUGUUCAACAACAAUAAUAAGCAAUCUUACUUACCAGAAAUCGUGGCCUUGACAGCCAAUGUUGCUGGUGAAGAUAGACAAAGAUCAUUAGAUUGUGGAAUGAUAGAUUUCGUGUCCAAACCAAUCUUACCGGUGAAUCUUAUGACAGUAUUGAAGAAAGUAGGACAACGUAGAUUGGAUGUACAGUAG